GAAGCCACACACCAGUCUCCUGUCUAUCACAUCGCUGCUGACGGCUCUUAGUCCUUCCACUGCAGCUUAGAGCUGGUGCUGUGUGUGAGAGAGAGAGAGAGAGAGAGAGGUGCAGAUGCGGUUGGACACUGACAAGCUGUAGGGGAGGAGCAUCUGCUGAUGCAACACAUCCCGAGCAGUAGCAGCAGCUUCAUGCACCACUGUACUGGGAGAGAGAGAGAGAGAGAGACAGAGAUAGAGGAUAAACCCGAGAUCCUGACGCAUUUUCUGUACCUGAAGUAACCACCGAAUUGUGACAGUUGACCCCUUCCCUCGGGCGGGGGAGCAUCGCCCGCUCCUGCAGCCCCGGCCUUGAAGUGAAGACUCACUGCGCUCAUUAAUACCAAUAGGAUCCGACUUCCAUCUGACACCGAAAUAAUAAUCAUUUGACGUUCGAAGCUUUUAUUUUAAAAGAAGAAGAGCUAUUAACAAAAGGGCCCCCGGUUUGCCCGGUGCAGCAGCCCAUGUCCCGGUAGUGGGGCGAUGCUGCAGAGAGGAGCUGUUUUGCUGUGUGUGUGAGUGUCGCGGGGCUGCCAGGCGGGACCAUGCUGUGCUCGGGGGGGCUCUCCCUCCCAUCCCGGUAGGGCAAUGGGAUCGUGGAUACUUAUCUGCUUCAUUUCCAGUUCGCUAAGUAAUUCUGCUGUAAAUGGAGGAGGAGAUUGACACCCGCAAGAUAAACAACAGUUUUCUGCGCGACCACAACUAUGCAACUGAAGCCGACAUUAUUUCCACAGUAGAAUUCAACCACACAGGAGAAUUGCUAGCGACAGGGGACAAGGGCGGUCGAGUUGUAAUAUUUCAGAGAGAGCAGGAGAGCAAAAACCAGUCUCACCGUCGAGGAGAAUAUAAUGUUUACAGCACUUUUCAGAGCCACGAGCCAGAGUUCGACUACUUGAAGAGUCUUGAGAUCGAAGAGAAGAUCAAUAAAAUCCGGUGGUUACCCCAGCAAAAUGCAGCCUACUUCCUGCUCUCAACCAAUGAUAAAACUGUUAAACUAUGGAAGAUUAGUGAGCGCGACAAAAGACCAGAAGGAUACAACUUGAAAGAUGAUGACGGAAGGCUGAAAGACCCCUCCACUAUCACAACACUGAGGGUUCCAGUGCUGAAACCCAUGGACCUGAUGGUGGAGGCAAGUCCUAGGAGAGUAUUCUCCAACGCUCACACAUAUCACAUCAACUCAAUAGCAGUAAAUAGCGACUAUGAGACCUACAUGUCUGCUGAUGACUUGAGGAUAAACCUCUGGCACUUAGAAAUUACCAACAGAAGCUUCAAUAUUGUAGAUAUAAAGCCUGCCAACAUGGAGGAGCUAACAGAGGUGAUCACGGCAGCAGAGUUCCAUCCGCACCAGUGUAACAUGUUUGUGUACAGCAGCAGUAAAGGAACCAUACGACUGUGUGACAUGAGGGCCUCGGCACUGUGCGACCAACACUCCAAAUUUUUUGAAGAACCGGAGGACCCUAGUAACCGAUCGUUCUUCUCCGAGAUAAUCUCUUCGAUAUCGGACGUGAAGUUCAGCCACAGCGGCCGCUACAUGAUGACGAGAGAUUACCUCACCGUCAAAGUCUGGGACUUAAAUAUGGAGAAUAGGCCUAUAGAAACAUACCAGGUUCACGAGUACCUGAGAAGCAAGCUGUGCUCCCUGUACGAAAACGACUGCAUCUUUGACAAGUUUGAAUGUGUUUGGAAUGGCUCUGACAGUGUGAUCAUGACGGGCUCCUACAACAACUUCUUUCGAAUGUUUGACCGUAACACUAAGAGGGAUGUGACACUGGAAGCCUCCCGGGAGAACAGCAAACCCCGAGCCAUCCUGAAGCCUCGCAAAGUGUGCAUGGGCGGGAAAAGGAAGAAAGACGAAAUCAGUGUCGACAGUUUGGACUUCAGUAAGAAGAUUCUGCACACAGCCUGGCAUCCCUCAGAGAACAUCAUCGCAGUGGCAGCCACCAACAACCUUUAUAUAUUCCAGGACAAAGUGAACUAGGACACUCAGUUGGCUGGUCACCUUAGCACUGCAUACAACUAAAUUAUUAUUAUUUUUAACAAAAACACUUGCCCCUCUGGAAUUAAAACUAAAAAGGUUGUUUGGUUGGGUUCUCUGUCUUAAUGAAGAUGUGAUGCCUUUAGGUGUGUGGAUUUCUUUGAUCUUUAGCUUCCACGAUGCAUCCUAACCAAAAUGGCUUCCCUCUCCGAGGCACCAUCUUCAUCCUAUUCUUGCAUUCUGGCUUCGAAAGGUGUAAAUAUUCCUGUUCUGUCUUUACAUGUGACUUUUCUCUUAUUUUUCUCCUUCCUUUUUUAGAAAUGGAGAGAACCUCUGUGUUUAAAACAGUUUUGUUCUUCACAUUUGUUAAUGCCUUUAACAUUUUGCUCCCCUUGAAUAAUAAUAUUCGCACCAAUUGUCUCACUCCAGUGGAUGACAUAUUAGAGUCUCUGUUUAUAUUUUUAUUUUAUUUUUUGAUUUCAUGAAACUUCCUUCCUGUUUUUGUAGACACCAGGGAUUGAAAAUGCAUUUGUGCAUUCGUCAGCAGAAAGAUAAUGAAUGGUGUUUAUUGAAUCAGGGAAUUUUCAAAGCAAUUCCUCUAACAAAACUUCUCCUCACUUGUGAAAUGAUCCAAGCAGUUUUGUAGCUCAGUGUAUUAACGAAUUAAUUACUUGCAUUGUUGAACAAGCAAACUAGAAAUAUUUAAGUUGACUAUAACUAAUGCCAAUUUAAAAAUGUAAUGUAGAUUUUUAAAGCCUCGAGACUGUCGGGGCUUUUGUAGGUAGCUUUUUCAAGUUUUUUCAUCUAAUAUUGGAGUAAUUGAAGGUAAUAAUGGAAUAAUUCUUAGGCUUAAUUAUACCCUAAUUCUGCCAGACUUCAAAAUUGUCUCUUCUUUUUGGAUAGAAAGUGACAUUGUGGUAUCUGGUGUGAAUGAUUUCUUUGAUCUGUCUUGACACUUCCACAAGGUUCAUUGAGUUUGGUCCUUGAUAGUAUUUUGAAGAGUUAAGUGUAAAGAUGGGUGCUUUGCAUUUCUGGUACAACAGAACCACUGCCCAUGAUAUUAACUUAGACUUGCUGCCCACAGAGCAAGUUGUCCUGUCCAUAUUGACGUCAAGCUCAGCUGGAGGUGUUAAAGACACAGUAUGAUCUCUUACUGCUCUUAGUCUUGAAAACAGUCCAUCAUGAACCUUGAUCUUUCACUUGCCCUAAAAAUUCCUGUAAAAUUCUUGCUAUUAAAUAGAUUUCAGCCAAUUAGAGAAUUAUGUCUUGAUAUUUUCAUUAAUUUUAAAAAGAAAAACUUUUUUUUAAAACAAAAAGCUGCUAAUAUUUUUAAGGUUUGAGGAAGAUUACAGGUAUGUUGCAACAAGCAAAGGAAAACUCCUACACGGCAAUAGACUUAACAUGAAGGAGAUUUUUAGGAAAAAGAUUCAAGAAUUUCACCAUUUAGUAAAUUUGGUAAAUUGUCAAAAGAAGUAUGAAAGUUAAUAUUUAGGCUGGACAUUUGCCUGACUCCAGUAUGAACCUACAUUUUAUUCCCCGAAGAAUUGAACCAACAUGUCCAAUUAAUGUGCUCAGAUAGCAUUACUGCUAAAGAUAAAAUGAAUACAUCAUUUUUGUAAUCAAUUAACAGCACAAACAAAUAUUAAUGGCUUGAGCGAUGGGGAUUUGCAUCUCUUUCAAAUUAAUUUGCUGUUCUACAUUUUUCAAUGUGUCCACGGAAAGUGGUCUUGCCAGUCAUCCGAAGACGCUGUAAAAAGCUCCACAUGGUACCAAUGGCUUAAUUCAUCUGGUAUGACGUGUGCGCCCAUCCAAAAGGGUUCAUUUACAUAGAAAGCAUUUUCAGUAACUGUCACAAAUAAGCUUAACACUUUGUGGACUUGCAGCACCCAAAAAAAUUCUGCUACGAUCUUCAAUCUGCGACUGAUAAUUUAAUAAAUAUCCAAAAGGUUCUGUGUGUUUAUCUUCAAAUUGGUGUUUACGCGCACAGUUGAGUUCAUCAGCCAGCAUUGGACUGCAGUUAAAACCGAGCACUUUCUACAAUACUGAGAGUAAUGCCUCUCUGUUUAGUUAGCGAGCUCAGUGCUGGCUCAAGAAGAUGUGUGGUGAUUUCAGGUUGAAGCAUUACUCAAAAAUUUAGCAUUUACUGGAAAAGAGGAUGCAUGAUUUCAAAAAUAUCAGAUCCCGUAAUCUUUCAACCAGUUGUAAUUGUAGCAAUGAGAAAGACACUCCUAUGGUGAGCUAUUGGGUUCUGUUUGGAGCCCACACUGUCUUUGGCAUGGCUUAAAGAAAGUAACUAUUUGUAUGCCUCCUUGUCCAUUAUUGUUUAAACGGGCAAUGUAAAAUAGCUGUAUUUAAGUGCUAUUUUAAAGGAGGAUUUCACAUUACUUCUCAAUCCAUAGAAGAUGAAUUAUAUUUGCCUUAGAUAAAUGUAAAUAUAGUUCAGAGUGGACCAGAGUAGAAUGUAUAUUUUAAUAAGGCUUUAGUGAAUGAUGCCCCCCAGUAUUAUAAUGCAAUUGGAGAUCUCAUGCUCAAAUGACUCAAUUCUCCUCUGGUACUUUGUUGGCUUUUCCUUCUGCUAUUCCCAGGAUAAAACAUGCGUGAUCAUUCACUAAUGCCUUGUUCGGAAAAACAAGCAACAACCGUGUACAACAGAUGUGCAUCUUAUCAGAUGAAAAAAAACUCUUUCAGUGCUCAAAUGGUUAAUGAAUCGGCCUGUCAAAUACUCCCUGAUCUGAUUAAUUGUUGGUGGAGCAAAUUACUUAACAAAAGUGUAACUAUUAUUUUAAUUGAAUUGUUCGAAAUGACAUGGAACAUUGUGCAAUGUUGAUUUCUAAGACACGCAGCCCAGAGUGGUUGGUAGAGUGUAAUACCAAAUACAGUGAAGGUCAAGAGUUUGUUUUGAGCUUGUUUAGCAAUCCCUGCAUAAUGACAGCCUCUUAUUAUAUGGACACUGGAUACUGCCAAAGGGCAUUAAGUGUAACCUGAGUCUGGUCAGCCCAGAAAUAAAAGGGUCAAUGUUGCGGUAUUUCUUCAUGGUAUUUCUUGAUGAAUUUCUUUAAUAAGAAAUCAAAUAUUAGUUGAAACAGUGUUCCUACAAGUCGGCCUCACUGACUUCAAAAUUUCUUAAUAAACCUGCUGAAUACCGCAAAAAUCAACCCCAAGGUCCCUGUCUAACCACUGUCUAAUUAUUGGGUUAGAAAUCAGUGUUUGUUUUUAAUGCCAUAGUUGUUUUAUAAAUGUACGACAAAAGAGGUUGAAGGUAGGGAAAUCUAUGUCAGUAUUUUUCUUUUCAAAAAAAGUGAAAUUGGAGUAAAUAUUCCGUAAUGUACCACAACAUUUUUAUUGCAUGUAUCUAUCUGCCAGGCCUUGGGAAGGGAGAGCGGGAAGGGGUGAGUAAGUACCACCCAGAGCUGUAGGAAAUCCUGUGGCUGUUUUAUGUUGGGGGCUUGACUGACUAGUUCAAAGUGCUUUCUAUAAUGGGGAGGGGGAGGGGAGGACGGGCUGGUGCUUUGUUGUAACGGGUCGAACGAUUUGACUGGUGUACCUUCGUCUCUGUUAAUGUCUGCUUUUUUUUCUUAAAGAAUAAACUGUUUGCAGUCGAGACUGCUUCAUGAA